AUGGAUUUGCGAAACAUUCCCUACCGCUCAGACGUUGUUACGUGGAACCCAGAUGACUUAGCAGAAUAUUUUAGGACGUUAAAGUAUAAGGACUGUGAGAAAGUCGUGAGAAAACACAGCAUAAAUGGACAGAGGUUUUUGAACAUGUCUGAAAAUGAUAUUCAGAAAUUUCCCAAACUCAGAGUGCCAAUUGUAAGUAAAUUAAGCCAAGAAAUAAACAGAAAUGAAGGGAGGCUAUCUUUCUUGCCAAAAUGGGCCCAAUCGCAAAAAUGUCCUGAGAAUCCAGGAUACAGUCAAGAUGACGGUGAAUGGUCUUCAUUUGACGAAGAUGAUGACUAUGAAAGCCCUGAUGAUGACCAGGAAAAUGAAGAUGAGGCUGACUAUGAAUCACCGACAGAAGAACCCGAGGAAGCAGAACAUGACAGCGAUGGCUAUGAGCCGCCUCCAUCCAAUAACGAUGAAGCACACCACAAUGUCAUAUUUCCUGCUAAAUCACUCGCAAACAACACAGAUUAUAUAGACAGACCUUCAACGGCCAGAUCAUCACAGCAGCCUCCUGUCCCACCCCAGAGACCCGUCCCGUCCCCAGGACCAGCCUCAUUUGGGGGAAGAGGUGCUUCUCUGCCAGCUUUUCCUCCUCCACCAAGCAACAGUGACUUGAGUAGAGACAGAAAUACCAUGCCUUUGAAACCCCCAGCUCCUUCUAUAGACAGAAGCACAAAACCGCCACUGGAUCGCCUUGCUCCACCGUUUGAAAGAGAAAGCCCGUUAUCAGGGAGGAAGCCAAGCAUUCCUGAAAAGCCUCUGACUUUGCAGCUAAGAGCCCUGGGGGAACAGCUGGCAAUGAUGCCAAAACCUCCCAUCCCGCCGAGUGACAGAUACGAAAGAGGCAAUCCACCUCCUCUAAGGAAGCAAACCCCUGUAAAGCAGGUUUGGCCACCACACACAAAAAAUGGAGAAGAAGAAGACACUGCACCCCAAAGACCAGUGCCACAGCUAUCCUUGCCCCCGUACAGCUCCAACACAUUCCCAUCCAAAUCUAUCAAGCCUCCGCCGAAGCCAGGAUCCAACAGUAUGCCUGGUGCAGAAAGUUCUAGAAACCUGUCUUCAAGUGGCUCACUACCACCACGCUUCUCUGAAGGCAACAACAGCAGAUCUCCUUCAAGAGGCACAGCUGACAUAAGACCUCCAUUGCCAGUUCCUAGCAGACCGACUGCUCGCCAAAAAAAUCUGGAGGAAGAUGAGGACUCACUAAAUAACGAGUGGUACAUUGCUUAUGUUAGCCGGCCAGAAGCAGAAGCAGCUCUUCGAAAAAUAAACAAGGACGGAACAUUCUUGGUAAGAGACAGCUCAAGGAAAACUGCUACUCACCCGUAUGUACUGAUGGUGCUGUACAGAGAUAAGGUAUACAACAUCCAGAUUCGCUACCAGGAGGAAGACCGCAUAUAUUUGUUAGGAACCGGCUUAAAAGGAAAAGAGGAUUUUUCUUCUGUAGCAGAUAUAAUUGACUACUUCCAAAGAACACCUCUUCUUCUGAUUGAUGGAAAAGACAGAGGUUCAAGAAACCAGUGCAUUUUAAAAUAUGCUGCAGGGCAUAUUUAA